AUGCAGGCGGCAAUACCCAGCAAUAAUCACAACAAUGGGAGCAACACCAAUUUUGUGACCUUCAGUGGGCCACUUGAGGCACAGCUUCUGCAUCAACAAUUCCGGCGAUUCGAACACGAAAGCCAUUCAACAUUUGAGUUUACAAACAUCAAGUGCAACUCCUUGGACACAUCAUUUGCAACCUUUGAAUAUUGCCUGUUGAAGUCGGUGAAUCGAACCUACAAAUAUGGAUCAUUGAAAGUGAAAUUGCUUAAGGUGCCAGUGGAUAAAGUAAAGCUGAAUUUGGCUCUUUACAAGCGCUUGAAUGGCUAUAAGCCUUUUCUUUACAAUGUCACCUUUGAUGUCUGCAAAUUUAUACAAAAUCGUAACUCUAAUCGAGUUGCCGCCUUUAUUUUCAAUCUAUUUCAACCGUAUUCCAAUAUCAAUCAUUCGUGUCCCUGUAAUCACGAUGUAGUGGUGGACAAGGUCCCAACUUCGCACAUGAACGAGCAACUCACAAAAAUCUUGCCCUUUCCACCAGGAGAUUAUGGUUUCUAUAGUAUUUGGUUUGGCAAUGGCAAACCAAGGGCCACUGUAAAUGUUUAUGGGACUUUGUCUUGA